AGAUCCCAUCAUUAUAUGCUGACUACAUAUAUGGUACAUUGUGGCUUUCACCAUGUGCUGCAUCUUCCUCCCCUCUCUGCCCCCUCUCGUUUUUAGCACAUUAUAUACACUGUCUUGUACUUUGAUUUGAAUUUCAAGACCCAAACAGAAAAUGGAGUUUCUAUUACUCUCACUAUUAUUGCUAUUUUCAGUGGAAACAAAAGCGGAGGAGCAUUUUUAUCUGAAUAACACAAGCAGCAACUCCAUAGACACGACUACUACAAGAAAUCUCCUAGGAAGAAGAAGUAGUGGUUGUAAUAUUUUCAGAGGCAAAUGGGUUUAUGAUUCUUCAUAUCCUCUCUAUGAUUUCUCAACUUGUCCUUUCAUUGAAAAUGAAUUCAACUGUCAAAAGUACAAAAGACCUGAUAAUUUGUACCUUAAAUACAGAUGGCAACCUUUCUCCUGUAACCUGCCAAGGUUUAAUGGGUUGGUGUUUUUGGAGAAAUAUAGGGGGAAGAAUAUUAUGUUUGUUGGUGAUUCAUUGAGUUUGAAUAUGUGGCAGUCAUUAGCUUGCAUGAUUCAUUCAUGGGUGCCAAAGGCCAGAACUGCAGUCAUAAGGAAAGAAGGACUUUCUGAAAUUUCAUUUCUGGACUAUGGAGUUAGAUUGCUACUGUACAGAUCGCCCUACUUGGUGGAUAUGGUGAAAGAAAAUGUUGGAACUGUUUUGAAACUGGACUCUAUCCGAGGCGGCAACGCUUGGAGAGGAAUGGACGUCUUGAUUUUCAACAGCUGGCAUUGGUGGACCCAUACCAAAAGUUCUCAGCCGUGGCAUUACAUGCAAGAAGGGAACAAACAAUUCAAAGAUAUGAACCGUUUGGUAGCUUAUUACAAAGGGAUGUACACAUGGGCAAGAUGGGUCAACCGAAAUGUUGACCCAACUAAAACCAAAGUUUUCUUCCAAGGAGUUUCCCCAACUCAUUACGAGGGAAAGGAUUGGAAUGAACCAACAAAAUCAUGCAAAGGAGAAACACAACCAUUCUUUGGUAUAAGGUACCCAGCAGGGACACCAGCACCAGUGAUAGUAAUGAACAAAGUGCUAAGCAGAAUUAAAAAGCCAGUUUAUUUAUUGGACAUUACAACACUCUCUCAAUAUCGGAAAGAUGGGCAUCCAACUUUUUACAGUGAUCACAAUACUUUAGAUUGCAGCCAUUGGUGUCUUCCUGGAUUGCCUGAUACUUGGAACCUUUUACUUUACACAGCUCUUGUUGGCUGAAACACACACAAGAAAACAAAAAGAUAACAAAUGAUCUUUUAUCUAGAAGUCAAGAUUCAUUUUUCAAGUGUUUUAGGAAUUUGCUUGACUUGAUUUCUCAAGUUGGUAGCUACAAAAUAAGAAUGAUGAUUGUUCAGGUGUAACAUAGAAACAGGAUUCUUAGGCAUGAGAGGAUGCCUAAAUUAGUUGAAUGAGGCAUAUUGACCUUUAUUUGUACUUUGUGUAGAUCCAACAGAUGUUGUGAAAUUAUUUUUUAUGCUAAUUUAAUGCAAAAAUUAUGAAUUGGUUUCAUCGUUGGUACUCA